CAGAUCCAGAGAGAGUGAGGAGAGAGAGAAAUCCGGACACUGGGGUGGGCUGAAGGACCGGGAUAGAGACAGAUACCGGGCACAGUCUCCGUGCCCCCUGGCCCGGGCGGGAUGAGGCUCCGCCGCCUCUCCGGUCUCAGCCGCUACUCUCGGCAUCAGCAACUGCGGGAGCUCCUGGGGCCGGGGCCCGGGCCGAGUUGUCGGGAGGAGUCUCAGGCUCAGCCCCGUGCCCGGCUCCGCUGUUGCUCCCGCCGCCGCCUCUUCCUCCACCUGCCCCGGGACAACCGGCUGCUGAGCUUCGAGCCGAGCCCGGCCAGAGGCCCGGCUCCCAGCCCCCUGGACAGGAGCUUCCCGGGGGCCGAGCAGCUACUGGAGGUGCUGGAGCUGGAGAGGCAGGGCCCGGGGAGCGGGGACCCGGAGAGACCGGGCAGCAGCUCUUCCUCCUCCGCCGCCCUCAUCACCCAACACGGCCGGGCUGAGUUCUGGAGCUGCCGGGAGGCCGAGGGCUGGCAGCUGCUGCAGGCCGCCGACCUCUGCUCCGGUCCCCGGGCUCGGCUGCUGUCGGCCGCCUGGGAUGGUCACUCCAUCAGCUGGUGCGAGGAGAGGCCUGGGCCCUCCGCACCCCCUCAGCACUGCAUCUGCAGCCGGAGCCUGGGCCCGGGCCCCGGCCUCACCCUGGGGCCUGUCCGCACCCUCAUGCACAACAACCCGGCUUACAGGUUGCAUGCGGCCGGCGAGGUCAUCUACCUGCUCCCCAGCAACUGCCCCACCCCUAGCAACAGUUCCAUCCCUAGCAACAGCCCUAGCAACUGCCCCAUCCCUGGCAAUAGCCCUAGCAACUGCCCCAUCCCUGGCAACAGCCCCAUGCACAACCUGGUCAAGUUCAUCCUGAUCUGGAGCCCCCAGGAAGAUACCUUGACCGUCACCAGCCUGGCCAGAGGACCCCUCAGCACCAGGAGGCUGCUCCACGAGGACUACGAUUUCACAAGGCUUGUGGCGGAUGUCGCCGGCAUCUUACCUUCCCUCCCGUCGCUGGAAAUCCGGGCAGUCUGCCCCUGUCCUACUGGGCUUCUACUGGCCGAGGCCAACGGAGAGGUCAGCCUGAUCCAAAACGACGGGACCGCCCGGCUCCUGUGCCACCUCAGCCAGAGCCUGCCAGCUGAGGGCUCGAUGCUGAUGGAACUAUGUGGGACCACCCUGGCCUUUACGUUGGGCAGGACACUGCAACUCAUUGACACUGAGACAGGUAGGUUGGUGGAGGAGGCAACACUGGAGGUGCAGCCGCUGGGCCUCAUACCCUAUAGGGAAACAGGCGAGAUCCAACUGCUGGCAGAGGAUGGCAUUUAUUCCCUUGGUAUUCACCCCAGUAAUUCUAACAUCAAGUCAGCGUUCUGUUCACGAAGCAGCCAGGGACAGGAGAUGCUGGAACAGCUGGUCUUAGAAGAAGCCUGCAAGUAUUACCAGAAAAGGAGUUUGAGCCGCAGCAGAUUGACAGUGCAGAAACUGAAAAGUGAGGUGAAGUUCCAAGCGCCUCUCACCCUCUGCUCCAUCUUGCAGAAUGAAUUCUAUCUCAGGAAGACAGGCCACUAUCACCAGCAAACCUAUAUCAAACUGCACAGCAUCAUGGCUGGGGAAUUACAAAGCUAUGUCAACUUGGAAGAAGCCAAGUCCUGCUUGGUAAAUGGAUCUGAAAUUGAGGUGGCUGCUUACAUUGAGGAAAUAACUGAGCAGGAGAUUCAGAGGCUGCUGCAUUGCCAGCUUGACCGAGAAGCUCUGGUCUACUUAAAUUCCAUUUUCAACACAUUCCCAAGGGAAGCAUGGAAAGCUGUUAAACGGACACUGCACCUGCACCAGAAUAAUGAAGGAUUCUUCUCUGCCAGAGCCACAGCUGACCUAUGGAGAGUGAUACUGAGCCCAGGUCUCCCACCUGACCAGUCAGUCAACACCAAUGGAGCAGUUCCAGUUUUUGAACUGAUCUGUCGUCUGCUGUAUCAAUUCCAGCCUAAAUGGCUGCCAAUGUUCAUUGAGCUGACACAGCAGCACCUGGCCACUUUCCGUAAUUAUGGGGGGAACGAGAGUCUGGAGAAUGUUCCCCUCUACAAGAGGGCUUUGUCAGUCAUCCCAUCUGCUUGCGAUGGUGGGGCAGGAGAUCCAACUGAAACAAUCAUCGAGCUCCUGCUGUGCAGCAAGAGGCCAAAUGCUGUAAUCCAAGCAGUUCGCCUUCUGAUUGAGCGGGGAAUGUGGCAAAGGGCAGUAGAGGCCACCAACAGGUUCUCCCAACAGGGGCCUCUGCUAAAGAAGGAGCUAUUUGCUGCCAUGCUGGUCCAGAUUUCCCAGCAUCGAGCUCUGGAUCCUUACCUGGAGGAGAUUUGGCAGCUGUGUCCUGAGGAUACCACGGUCACAGAUAUAUUGGAUAUCAUCCUGGGAUCUGUGCCCUCGAGCUGUGAAUCUGGGCCAUACUCUAGUGAUGGUAACCAACUGACAAUCGGGCUGCUGCGACCACUGCUCACUAAAGUGCUGACACGAGGUGAAGAUCAGCAAUGGACAGGCAUGGCUGAAGGGCUAAAGACAAUGGUCUUCCCUCCUCCCACACCUCCCAGGCAGAAGAAUGCAAUUGACCAGCCCAACCCUCUGAGCGUUGAGCCCAGCCUGGAGGCAAACAAGACAUUGUGAACACUACUGUACAAGCACUGAAAUACAAAUGAUUUGCACUUUUUGCUUGGUGUUCAAGUCAGAAAUUUUCCCAAUGUGCAAUUUAUAUUAUCCUGUUUAAAAAUAUGGAAAUUUUAUAAUAUUGCUGUACAUAGAGGGUGAUGCCCAAUCGGGGACUGUGAGAACAGUAAUCUUUAUAAGCUCAAUCCCUGUUGCUGAUAACCUUUCUAGGAUAUGCUAAUACAACAGGCAGACCAGAGGUGAUAUUUAUCCCAGGGCAAAAAGUUCUGGGUGGGUAGCAGCUGCAGAAGUGAUCCUGCUCUGUUCUCUGACCAAGGCACCUUUCCUUUGAAGCAGGCUUUAAGUAGUUUUGCUGGUGCUUGCUGUGGAGAUUGUUUUGUUUCUGCCAUAUUCUCCUUGUCUUUGUUUUUGUCGGGCUAAUACCUGGCUUGAUUGAGAAAUGGAGUUUGGAAGAUAGUUAAGAAAGCACACCAUUGAGUUAUAUAUGUUUGAAACAUUGUUGAAAUAAUGUUCAGAAAUAAUUAA